AUGGCUCGUGACAUUGCUGAAAGUAUUUCUGGUCAGGCAAACAAAAACACUGACAUGGAGUUCACAGAUACUCAGGUUUUGGUCAAUGAUCCCAGCCUACUUUCACACCAGAGUCACAAAGCAAAUGAAGAAAAUGGAUGUGAGAGUGGAGAAAAUGAAGGAAUUGGAGAGGACAAAGACAAUGAUAUGAAUGAUGACAACAGUUUAAAGGAAACAGGAGGUGUGGAGAGUGAGGAUGGGGACAAGGAGGUGGUAGAGAAGACAAGUGAGGAGAUUCCAGUUGAGGGGGAGGAGAAGGAAGAGAAAGAAGACAUUGAGAGUAAAGAUUCAAAUGCUGAUGUAGGCAAGUCCCCUAUGUCCUCAGACACCAUGCCACAUCACAUGGAUGACAUAGUGUCUCCUGUUAAAGAGGAGAGACAGUUGUCUGGCAUGAAAAAGGAGGGGGAUGAGGAGAACAAGAACUCUUCCACCCCUCCUUCCAGACCUGAGACACCUCCUCUACAACGCCUCAUGAGACAGGACCCUUUGCCUCUGUUUCUCCAAAAGAAACAACACACGCCACCAAAAAAACUUUUUAAAGAUGGAUUUUUUCCUACAAAGUUUCCAAUACCUCCAAUGACUCUCUCAGCAAUGUCGGUCAUAAAAAAUGCACCAACACACCCAAAGCAGACAAUGGCUAAAGCCAAAAUGUACUCAAAUAAACUACCAAAGACUUAUUCUGCCCCAUAUACCCCUUCUACAGCAGCUUCAGCCAAAUCACCCUCCUCAAUCCACCAUCCCCAUCGUGUGUCCACCUCUCCAUCAUCAAGGACGCUUUUAGAGGAACAGCCCCUGGACUUGUCCAAGAAGGCAAGUGACAAAAGUGAUCGUAGUGCUAGUAAGUCUCAGUACAAAAGUAGUUCUAAUGGACAUCAUUCUUCUGGAAGGCAUCAUUCCACAGGAGGGCAUCAUUCUUCUUCAACUGGGGGACAUGAUGUGCCGUCAACUCUGCAGAGUCUUCAGCAACGCUUCGGAGGAAAUCUGCACAUGCGGUCGGUUAGGAAGCCCAUCAGCGGGCUUCUGCCAGCGGUAUCAGACAUAUCCAAAUCUCAUAGUUCUAUGCAUUUAAACUGUAGUAAUCAGGUGAAAAAUUCCAAUGUUGUCAAGAAAUCACAUGUUGGUAGUGUAGGUAAGUCACCGCAGAUUCAUAGUCCUAAUCAUUCCUCUAGGCUGGAGAAAAACGUAGAGAAAUCAAAAUCUUCAAGAUCGGAAAAUGAUUCUUCUCCGUUGUCACAUGAUACAGAUAUGAAUUCCAAUAUAACAUUGAAAGGGAACGAAUGUGAUGAUAAUGAAGAUGACUGUAAGUAUACAAUGCACAGAUGCACUUGUCUAAAAACUUACAACACUUUGUAUGGUUUGAGUAUACAUCUACAAGAGACUGGACAUGCCCCUGCCAGUAACAAGCAGGCAGCCAUUAUGGAAUACCCCAAACUGGUGAGAGGUCAGGACAUGUGGUUGAACCAGGAGUCCGAGCACACCAAGAGGAUUCUACGCUGUAUGCAGUGUGGAGAAUCUUUCAAGUCUCUACCGCUUCUGACUGUUCACAUGAUGCAGACACAACAUUACACCAAAAUUGUCAGUUCUGAGCAUGGGCGACGGUCACACAAGUGUUCGGCAUACUGUGACCGGGAAAUGGACCGUGAAUGUAUAUUUAAGUGUAAGGUUUGUAACAGUACAUUUAGUGACAUGGAAGGCCUGGCGAAUCACAUGAUCAUGUCUGGUCAUCACAAGAAAAAUAUUCUUCGGUCCCACAAUUAUCUCAAUGAUCUUGCCUUCCGUGGUCGACGGAAGCGAUAUUACAGUGAUGAAGAGAGUUUUGAAGGUCUUGGAAAUCCUAAUGUAGCGUCAUUUCUGAAUUACAAACGUAAAUGUCUAAGUCAUCCGGUGACUCCUCCAAUCAAUGGCCACCGCCACUUUACUGACAGCCCCGAUAGUGAAACUCCAGAAGACAGCACAAUCAGUUGUGAGAACUGUGGGGACCGCAUAGAGACUCAAUACUUUGUUGAACAUGUGAGGCUCUGUCUUCGCACGAAGCAGGCUGAUUUUGAAAGAUCACGCAUGAGUUUGUUCAAGGACGAAAUAAGUUCCAUUAAGUCAGAGAAAUCCCAUGAUUCUCAGGAAUUAGAUGAUGUAGAUGAAGAGACUGCAUCUAUGUUCGAUAAACCAGAUGAUUCAGAGGAGGAGAUGGACACUAAGCCAGAUAUACAGGAACUAGACUUGUCUCUCAACAAACAGAAAGCACUGAAUACCUCCGACAAAUCCAAAGAAACUGAAAGUAGUGAAAGUGAUGACAAAUCCCACAAUGAAAAUAACACAAAAGAGGCAAGCGAUGAUGGACAACAGGAAAGCAAAAACAAUGUUGUUCUUAAGGAACUGUCUGAUGAAAACAUGUCUCUACCAUCACCUGAAAUAGAUAAAGACAGGGUCAAGGUCAAUGAAAAGGAAAAAGAAGUCACAUCACCUCUUCCAAUGACACCACUUGUCAUGGAAGACAAAUUGGAUGACUCCUCAAAGAAAAGUCCAGUGAAAGUCACAGAGGACCAUGAAGACCCUUCAGAGCAAGAAAAGGAUUUGAAAAAUGUGAAAGUGAAAAAGGAAAAGGAGAUGGAAUGUGACUUAUCAGAUAAUUCGAAAGUAGUAAGUACCACAAAUUCAGCCAAGAACCUUGAUAUUAUUGACCCAGGCAGGGCGAUGGAGAACAUGGAAGAUAAUUCUGCACUAAAAGCCAUGGAAUCGUUCAUUCAAAAGAGUUUUUCCUCAAAAUUUGACUACCACAGGGGAAACAUGGUGUUCAAUACCGGUGAGAAAACACUCCUGAAGCCAUCUGUUUACCGUGACGACAGAGAACAUAAACACGGAGCACUAUAUCGCUUCGAGAAAUAUAGAAAAUACUUUCAACAAGAUGAACCUCGUAACAAUGGAUCGGUGAAAAAAUCUACAAGUGAGGUACAGGAUACACUGAAUGUUUGUCUUCAGCCAUCCUCUGCAGUAUCGACUGCAAAGGAUGAUCUGAAAAAGUUGGAAAAAAUGUGUGAAAGUGUUCGUAAGCCAGUGAGUCCCUCUAUUGACAAUGAGGAAUCACAGAGCACUGGCAAUUCUGAAAACGGUGAAACUUUGGCAAGUAAAUAUCUCAAUUGUGAGGAGGAGGACGUGAGGCCAGCCAAAGAAUCACAGUCAGGGUCUUCAGCUCUUGACUCUCUGAGCAGUUUUGUAUAUGGACAACCUCUUAACAGUGAACAUCCUCUCGACAGUUUGCAAAAACUCAUCACCAAAACAGACCUUCCAAAACUACUCGCUUCAUCUCAGUCCAUCAAAUAUCUCCGACAGUCUGAGUCGCCUGACUCGGGGCUGCCACUCAACCUGUCCCUUAAAAAGGGCCAGGAUGAUGACACAAGUGACAUUGUAGAGCGAGAUGGGUUUUCGGACCACGAGGGUAGUCAACAUAGUGGUAGUGAAAGUGACGGCACUGCGGAGUACCGAUGUGCAGCAUGUAGCAGGCAUUUCGCAUCUAAAGGAUCAUAUCGCUACCACCUUAGUAGGUGUCAUUUAUCAUCGGUAAAACGAUAUGGAAUCAAAGAGGCAUUCAACAUGAGCCCGUAUGUCUACCUCCCACUUGAUCACACUGCUAAGUUCUCAAAAUACUAUGAAAUGGCACAUGAAUUAGCUAGCAAGGGGAAAUAA